AUGGCGUCCGGAUAUGGCAUGCAUGGAGGUAUAUCGCCCUUACAUCUAUCAAAGCUUACUCCAUUGGGAGAAAUUGACUCGUCUUUAGGCGUUGGCCGUUGCUUCUCCUUCUGGCAAGAAGUGAUGGGCUGUUAUGUCGUCAACACCUCGGCCGAUGAUGACUCCGGCAAAAAGAAGUGCUCACUAGUGCUUGAGGACUAUUACGAAUGCCUACAUCAUAAGAAGGAGGUGUGUUACAUCAUUAUCUACGUGAGACAAUUAAUGCUUACGUUGGAACAGCAUGCUAGGGCUUUGGCUAUGCAAGCCGCGUAUGCCCGAUCAGAGGCCGCCACCGCGCGAGACGAUGCGCCGACUGCGAAACAAAUACGCAGCCUGGGCCUGCUUGGAAAGGAGGAGGAGUCGAAGCAACUACUGGGGCGGAACUAG